AUGGCAAUCACAACUUGUGGAGGAAAAUAUACUAUUGAUCCACCCAUGCCAUCUGAUGUUGAGAUAGUGGUAGAAAAAGAUGUGGAUGAGAUGAAGGUUACUGGAGAGAUGAAAGAUGUUGUAGAAAAGGAGGAUGACUUGACUCAGAAAGUUAUCCCCAUGCCUAGACCUCCACCUCCCUUCCCACAGAGGUCACUGGUGCAAAUUAAAGAGGAUCCUGGAGCUUUCACUAUUCCUUGCACCAUCUAUAAGUUGCACUUUGCGAAGGCCUUGUGUGAUUUGAGUGCCAACAUUGAUUUGAUGCCAUUGUCGAUCUAUAAAAAGUUGGGUUUAGGAGCUCCAAAACCAAUUGUGAUGCGAUUACUUAUGGCUGAUAAAACUGUGAAGAAGCCCAUUGGAGUGCUCCAAGAUGUCCUUGUGAAAGUAGGGUCGUUCAUUUUUCCGGCAGACUUUGUGAUACUUGAUUGCGAGGUUGACUUUGAGGUUCCCAUCAUCUUAGGGCGACCAUUCCUUGCUACUGGGCGUGCCUUAGUCGAUAUAGAAAAAGGGCAGAUGAAGUUCCAACUGAAUAAGGAGGAGGUGUCCUUUAACAUUUGUAGGUCUAUGAAGCAGGAAAGUGAUCUUAAAUCAGUAUCUCUGGUGAGUCACAUUGUGGGACAAUAUUAUGUCAUGUCUAGUAAGGAGAACUUAGGGGCAGCCUUGCGCAAGGAGAAAAAGCACCAUGAUUAG